AACAGUAAUCAGGUUAAAAGGCGGAAGUGGUGCUCCCCGGUUGAAAAUGUCGUCGCUCCUGAGGCAGCAGGCUUGAUGUUCCCCGCGGUGCUCGACGCCUCAGCUCCCCCGCCGUCGCAGCAUCUCUCCAUGGCCGAGCUGCAGGGCUCGGAGUCCGGCUGUGGCUCCGCCGAGGUCCGCCUGCCUUCCAGCGGCUUCUUCCCCGCCGACGCGGCCGAGAGUCCCGGGCCGCGCUGGGUCCGCCUGAACGUGGGCGGGACUUACUUCGUCAGCACCAGGCAGACUCUGUGCCGGGAGCCCAAGUCCUUCCUGUUCCGCCUGUGCCAGGACGACCCGGACCUGGACUCGGACAAAGACCACACCGGGGCUUACUUGAUCGACAGAGACCCCGCCUACUUUGGACCCGUCCUCAACUACCUGCGCCACGGAAAACUCAUCCUGGACAAGAACCUGGCCGAGGAAGGUGUUCUCGAAGAAGCAGAGUUCUACAACAUCGCCUCGCUGGUCCGCCUGGUCAAAGAGCGAAUACGGGACAACGAGAACCGCACCUCUCAGGGCCCAGUGAAACAUGUGUAUCGGGUGCUGCAGUGUCAGGAGGAGGAGCUCACACAGAUGGUGUCCACCAUGUCUGACGGAUGGAAGUUUGAGCAGCUGAUCAGCAUUGGCUCCUCCUACAAUUAUGGUAAUGAGGACCAGGCAGAGUUCCUGUGCGUGGUUUCGCGUGAGCUCAACAACGCCACCAACGGCGUGGUCAUCGAGCCCACGGAAAAGGCCAAGAUCCUGCAGGAGCGAGGCUCUCGCAUGUGAGGAGACAUGCUGCCCGCCGAGCCAAACUUUUGACUCCGCCCCCAACGUGGUCGUCAUCACGCCCUCCCGUGUGCCUUUCGCAGCGCCGGCACCUCCCCCACUUCCUUCAUGAUACUUCCUGUCUCCCACCAACAGGAAGUGACAUGUCCGUCACACAUAUCCAUGACGGCCUUCCCCCUCGCCAAAGCAUCCAUGAAGACUUUGGGCUGACUCCGCCUCUCACAGGACAUGUCUCCGCCCUCUCCAUCCCCUCCAGCAAAUCACAGCCCGUCUUAAAACUUAGUAAAUGUCAUCAGUGAAAAUGGCCGCCAUUUUGAAAUGUUGACGCACCUGGGGUGGGCGGGGCUUAGAUGGUGCACGCUCACGGCAGGAUGUUCGCAUCGCUCCUGCUAGCAGAAUGAAAGUGAAAGUAAAAGGUUGUGUCUGUUCUGGAAUCUUCUUCAUGUUGUGGUGCAUGGAGGCGGAGCCUAAUGAGCCUCCAAUCAGAUGUCCCACAAAGACUCAUAGUGUGUGUGUGUGUGUGUGUGUGUGUGCAUGUUGUUGUUGUUGUUGACAGUAUUGUGAGACACUUGCUCUCUUCAGUUAUUGCACUUUUCUCUACUUUCUUCUUGUCACAACAUAAACCUCCCUCUCACCUG